AUGGAUGAUAUCAACUGGAAUAAAAUUAUCUACAUUGAAGAUGAACAAAAGCUCAUCUACUUCGACCAGAAAACGUACAAACUGCCGGAGGCCAUCCUGAAUCUGUACUCGGACCGCGUCCGGCACCUGGACCUAAGCUACAACAAACUGUCCUCGUUCGAGUCGCUGGAACUGUUCACCAAACUGGAGGAACUGGUCCUGGAUAACAACUACCUCACCGAUGAUAUCAUAUUUCCGGCCCAGCUGGAUCGCAUCAAACUGCUGUCGCUGAACAACAACAAGUUCGAAAAUUUGGAUCUCCUGCUGACGAAGCUAUCUCUCUGCUUUCCGAACCUGGAAUAUCUGAGCCUGCUGGGGAAUCCUGCUUGUCCGUGCCAUCUGCUGAACCUCAAAUACUCCGAGUACGACUAUCUCAAAUAUAGGUGA